AGAGAGUGAUAGCGUAUGCAUGACAGGGGCGAGCUUUUCUGCUUACGGAUUGGUGCACAGAAAUAGCCAGCCAAUUGGAUGGAAGGAAGGGAAAAUAACAAGACUAAGGGAGAGCUGGAGAAAGAGGGAAGAGCUAUGAAAAAGAGAGGGAGACGGUGAGAUCACAGGACUACAGUAGAGAGGAAUAACCUAGCGUGGAUCAAUGAUGAGAAGCGGAGGGAUAAAGAACCACUGAGAAAACACAGGCCGGGGAGAGGAGAGGACAAACAGGAGAUGGGCGGGGAGAGAAGGAUUCCCAGCCGUCGCGGAGAAAAUCAAUCAGCCAGACCAACAGCAUCCGUCCGGGCAGCCAUGCACUGAGGCCUGGAGCUGCAGCACUCCGCAAACACGGCUCAGGCCCAGCACCAGGCACCCGGGCCUGCUGGCCUCGGCUCCCAGCAGCAGGCCAAGCCCUCAACGAGAAAGAAGAUCCCCAUUGGUCCACUGCACAGAGCAGCCAUGAGGACGGCCAGGAAGGGCAACGUGGAGAUGCCUGCUUUCGUGCGGCAGCUGGUGAAGGAGACAGAGAAGAGGGUCAGCUCCUUCUUCAAAGGAGGCCGUGGGGGAGCCGAGCCAACGGAAGGGGAGGCAGAGGAGGUGAUCCCCAGUCCCUACUUAGACCGCCCCGUUCUGGAUAAGCUAACCGAGGAGGGCUGCUCCAGAUGGGGUCUUAACUAUGCCCUGGGCAGCAUGCAGGGCUGGAGGGCCAACAUGGAGGACUUCCACAACUGUGUGCCACAGCUCGGCGGACAAAUGGCUGACUGGAGCUUCUUCGCUGUCUUUGAUGGUCAUGCGGGCAACUGUGUGGCCCAUUACUGCUCCCAACACCUGCUGACUCAGAUCCUGACCACAGGAGCCAUCGGGCCCGAGGAUGAUGCCGAGAAGGUGAGAGGAGGCCUCAUUGAGGGCUUCCUGCAGACAGACAAGCAGCUGCACACAGUGGCCCGGCGCGAGGGCUGGGAGCGCGGCGGCACCACCGUGGUGGCCACGCUCAUCUCGCCGCGCUACAUCUACUUCGCUAACUGCGGCGACUCGAGGGCCAUGCUGUGCCGGGCAGGCCAGGUGGGCUUCUCCACAGAGGACCACAAGCCCUUCAGCCCUCUGGAGAGGGAGCGCAUCGAAAGCGCCGGCGGCUCCGUGUCCCUGCAGCGCAUCAACGGCUCCCUGGCCGUGUCCCGAGCCCUGGGAGACUUCAACUACAAGGGCGCCGAGAACCGGGAGCCCACCCAGCAGAUGGUGUCCCCGGAGCCGGAGGUGUGUGUGCUGGAGCGCUCCCUUGCAGACGAGUUCCUGGUGCUGGCCUGCGACGGGGUGUGGGACACUAUCACGAACGAGGAGCUGUGCGCUUUCAUCCGCAGUCGGCUGUGCGUCUGCACUGACCUCAGGGAAGUCUGCUCGCAAGUCAUCGACCUCUGCCUCUAUAAGGGAAGUCUGGACAACAUCAGCAUCAUGCUGCUUUGCUUCCCUGGCGCCCCCCAGCUGUCAGCUGAGGCACUGCACCAAGAGGCCGAACUGGAGGACCUGCUGGAGUCCAAAGUGGCAGAGAUCUUUGAGGAGCUGAGUGGCCGAGGGGAGGAGCCUGAACUGCUGUCCGUCCUCACGAUGCUGGCGUCCACAGCCAUCCCUGGUCUACCACCAGGAGGAGGCCUGCAGAGCAAGAGGAACUGUAUUAUCUCUGCGUAUUAUCAACUGAAGGAGGCUCACCAACCUUCCCUACCCAAUCGGCCUUAUUUCAUCUAGGAAGUAGGUGGUCCUGAGAAGCCCAUCUAGGCUUGGAGUGUGACCAAUCCGUUUGUGGCAUUUGACCAAUCACACAAGAGGAACUGUCGAAAGGAAUUAUUUUGUCUCAUCAACUCAGAACAUCUUACAGUAACAGGUACAAUGAAAACUGAAGAAUCCACAGAUGUAAUAUAUUUCUACAAGGGGGAUAUUUUUUAUGAUUCUGGACAUAGAUCAGCAGCAGCAUGACUCAGUAGUUACAGCAACCAAAUGUCUGCCUCAUAAUCAUUCAUUCAGAACUACAGUCUUAAUUAAUAAAACCAUGAUGGUUGAUGUUUUUAAAAUGGGAUUUAUAAAAGUACAAUUGACGAUGUGAUAUUUGGGGUUGUAUUUCAGAUUGAUGUUUUGCGAUUAUUGUUAUCCAUAAGUUCCCAAACCUCUCUCUCAGUCCUAUGUUUGGUCUGGUUUGCAUGAUCUGUACUGUGCUGCCUUACUGACCUCUUUCACAGUAGAUUUAACAUGUUACAUGACCAGCCAUGAACAGUCCAUAAGCAGUCAGUAGACUCAGUAAAAUGUUAUCAUUUAUCAUGCAAGAUUUCCAUGAAUAUGUACUUCUAUGAUAUACUGUGUAUAGCUAUUUAAUGUUUAAAGUAAUGACUGUUUUCAGCCUAAAUAAAGAUUAUU